AUGCCGUUCACGAAGAAGCGAGAGCGGUCGCCGUCGUCGACACCGCUGCCCUCCACCGAAGCGGCGGCAGCGUCCAACGAUAGCUCACUGCCGAGCGAGCUGUUUAGCAGCUUCAGUGAUGUCCUGAAUCACGCGUACACAUAUCGAACUCUCGACGGCCUGGAUCCUAGCAAGCUAUUCCACAAGAAAGUGAACAAACGAGUCAUACCCGAAUACUACGACACCAUCAAGGAGCCCGUGGCACUUUCCACAAUCAAAGCGAAGAUCAUGCGAAAGGAGUACCAGAAUGCCAGGGAGUUUGUACGCGACUUUGCUCUGAUCCCACACAAUGCGCAAGUGUUCAAUCGACCAGAUAGUGGAGCUUUUCAGGAUGCACUGGUGAUCAAGGCACAGCUGGAAAAGCAGCUGCAAUUAUUGGUGGAGAAGGGCACGAUCACGAAGGAGGAUGCAGUACUACCCUACCUUGGCGAGAUACCAACCUACGAGGAUGUGCUGAUGGAGGAUGCUGGCGAGGCGGAGGAGGAGAGCAGUGACGAGGAAGGAGAGGAGGAUGAUGACGAGGAAGGAGAAGAGCUGGACGAUGAAGGCAAGCCCGUAAAGAAGAAGCGAGGUCCGAAAGGUCCAAGGGACCCGUCGAAACGACAAACGGAGGGGCAACCGGAAAAGAAGGCUCGGGGUAGGCCUCCGAAGCUGCUCACUCCAGUCGAAGCACGAAUACAGGCUAUUAUCAAGGGUAUCCGUAAACCCAAGAACCAGCGUGGGCAGCUGAUGAUCAAGGACUUCGACCGCCUGCCGGACAAGACUGCUAUGCCGGAGUACUAUCUCGAGAUCAAAAAUCCCAUCGCAUACGACGUACUGAAGAAGAAGGUCAAGCGGAAGAAGUACCGAUCGGUGGAGGAGUUCAUGGCAGACGUCAAUCUUAUGUUCAACAACGCAAAGGAGUACAACCAGGACGACUCGGCAGUCUACAAGCAUGCGACAGCUCUACAGAUUGAGGCGGGCCGACUAUACGAUAUCGAGCGAGCCAAGCCUGAUGACACUUUCGCGGACGAUGAGGGCAAGCUGCCCAUGCCGGAUGGUAUUCUGCAUAAUGGGCAGCUGUACAAGGUUGGUGAUUGGGUGCAUAUUCAGAAUCCAAAUGACCUCACCAAACCAAUACCUGCUCAGAUCUACCGUACAUACAAGGGAUCGAGUGGUCAGAACAUGGUGAAUGUCUGCUGGUACUAUCGACCUGAGCAGACUGUGCAUCGCUUUGACAAGCACUUCUUCCCUGACGAAGUCGUCAAGACAGGUCGCUAUCGCGAUCACAAUAUCGAGGAGAUUGAGGGCAAAUGCUUCAUCAUGUUCUUGACGCGCUACUUCAAGGGCCGUCCACGAGGACUUCCAGAGGGACAAGAGAUCUAUGUCUGCGAAGCAAGGUACAACGAGACAGCUCACCAGUUCAACAAGAUCAAGACCUGGGCUUCGUGUCUCCCUGAUGAGGUCCGAGACAAGGACUACGAGAUGGACAUGUUUGACCAUGCUCGCAAGAUGAAGAAGGUCUCAUCGCCAAUCGCCUAUCUUCUAAAAGACGAGCAGAAAGAGACUGAUGACUUGCCGAAAGUGCAAUGGGGCGCAGAAGGUGCACCUCCCAAGAUUGGCGCAGUGCAUAGACGACCUCGAGGCGAUCGCGACAGUAUACCGCCAGAGCCUACACCACCUCCCCCGCCGAAGCAGCCCACGCCACCGCCUCGACCAAUGAUGCCAAGUCAGCCAAGCUAUAAUUACACCCCUUCCCAAUCGCAGACCCAGCCUCGGCCAGUGAGCAGAGCGCCACUGACAUCGUAUACUGGAAGCCAUCCGAACCAGUACACGCAUGCGACAGCUCCCUCACCUAUCGCCCGUCCACCCUCGGCCGUCCAGCAGAACAGCUACCAUCAAACUCCACAGACCCCACAAGCCGCGCCCUCGACACUGCCACGACCCACUGCCCAACCAUCGAACUCAUACAGCCAUCAAUCCUCUGCAGCACCAGCAACAGCUACACCUUCCAUCCCACCAAACCCAACAACCUACCGUCCCACAACAUCAGGCUCUUAUCGCGACCCAGCGCCUAUCGAAGUCUACAUCCUCCCCGAUCAAGCGAACCUGAGCAUUCCGGCCGAAGUUCGCGAGCAGUAUCAGAGAGACGAGCAGGGCAGAGUCUUAUUCUUCACCGCUCCCCCCGUCGCUCCUGCCGCUGCUGCUGAUGGUGCAGUGGGAGGACAUAGUAUCCGCUACUUAGCCGAGAAAGCCCGACGGAAGGAGGUGCUGGCCAGGAAGCGGAAGGAGAGGGAUGAGGCGGAGCUGGUUCGGGACCGGAGGACCAAGGUCGCACGGCUUGAGUCUUCUAUCUCCACUGCUAAGAUUGCCGAGACGAUGAAGGCUCGGACGCUCCGGAUGUUGGAGAUUCAGCUUGUGGAGACGGGGAUGGAGCUCGAUGGGUUGGAUUUGCAGAGGUUGGGGCUUGUGCAGAGGGCUUCGGUGGAGACGAUGGGGGAUCUGGCUGAGCAUGAGGCGAGGAGGGAGGGGAGGGAGAGGGUGAGGCUUAGGGGCACGGGAGUGUUUGGGGAUGAUUAUGAUUGUAGGCUUAUUGCUUAA